AUGCCAUUAAAAAUAUGCAACAUGAGGUUAAUCGCCAUUUUUCUUACAUUAAGCAUGUGCAAUGCUUUAACAGAGAGCUCGAUGACCGCAUCCUCAGCACAGCUAGCAGCAGCUAGUGCGAAUAUGGGGUUUUAUUCCAUUUUUUUCUUUGACUAUAAUUACAACCAACCUCAAUAUUCUUCGUACAUGAGCCAACAUUCAAUGACACUACCGCAGGACGUCAAGAACUAUUUUUUUCACUUACAGGCACUUCCUGGUACGGCUGACUUAGCAGAAGAUGUCGCCGAAAAUUUCCCUUUCACCACUUUCAAUACCUUUAUCAGUGCAUUUCCGUGGUAUAGCACUUUACUUUCGGACGCUUCCAUGUCGACGUUGUACCUGCCUCAAUACUUCGUUACUGACGCUACUACAGCCACGCAAAAUGAAAUAACAGCAACACAGUCGCAACCCUCAAUUACUGCUAAUUUUGCUAAUUCAACUUCAAGAGUUUCAUCAAGUUUGCACUCAGCGGCAGCUAACAUUACACAGUCGAUUGAUAGUACAACAUCCGUUGCACGGACGAGUUCUGGAUCUAGUUUCUCAGAGAACAGAGGACACAUUUGCCAAUGGAGCCUUUCAUCCAUUUUUUUAAUCCUCAUGAGUCUUUUGCUGUAA